AUGGUAAAAGUAUUAUCGGAAUUAGCAAUCCAUCCGCUCAGGGUUAUCGAUAUUCAUAAAAUUUCCUCUAAAUACCAUAAUCAACAAGGUACGAACAAUAUAUCUAGCGUUCAAAAUGGGAGAAUUUUAGCUAGCGAAUGUUUGAUAGACCCCAUUACGACAGUACGGUUCAAUUUUGAUCGGGAUAUUUUGGCAUUCGUCCACAUACAAAAGACCGGAGGCACCGAAUUCAGUUCAAUAUUGGUGCACAAUAUCCAAGUAAAUCCUGGGUGUUCCUGUAGAACACCAAAUGACACCAAUCAUCAACUCAUAAUAUGCUUAUGCGAACGUCCAAAUAUAAAAUCUUGGGAGAAAAUUAUAAACAAUAUAACUGAAUACAGUGGUACCAAAAGGAACACCAUAUUAAGAUACUUUGUGACGAUGUUGAGGGAACCUAUGAAAAGAUACCUGAGCGAAUACUAUCAGAUUCUUAAGGGAAGUCAUUGGAGAAGGCAAUACAUAUUGUGCGAGAAGGAAGUGUUGAUUGUUCGUCCUACAUGCUUUGCCCACAUUAAAAAAAUUUCGGAGCUCACAUUGGAAGAUCUAUCAACUGAACAAAAGAAUCAUAUUAUGCUAGAAAGUGCCAAGAUUAACUUGCAAUUAGGGCUCAAGGUAUUCGGCAUAACUGAAUUUAUGCCAGAAACUAUCUACCUAUUCGAGAAAGUGUUGGGAAUAUCCUUCAGCAAUAAAGAGCUUUUGAAAAAUAAAGUGAGCAAAUCCGAGGAAGGGAGCAAACGUUUGGAUCGAGAUAUGCUGAUAAAAAUAGCGCAAAAUAACCAUCUGGAUGUAAAGCUCUACAAUUUCGCUAUAAAAUUAUUUCGCGAAAGACUCGCUAAAUUUGGAUACUACCAGAGGAUGUCUUAUGAAAAAAAUAAAAAUAAAUCAUUAUCGUGA